AAACUUCGAAGAUAAUUCACCAGAAAUAAAAUUUCCAAGGUGCAGCUGAGAAAUUCUAGGCUUUAUUCAACUGAAAAUAGCAAAACGUUUUUAUGUUCAGGAUGAAGAUUAACGUAUUAUGGUUUCUUACAGGUGUGAUAGCGUCGACUUAUUCAUAUGAUGAUACGAAAAUCUUUUCUUGCGAUUUUACGGAGGAUAAUUGUGGCAUUGUUAAUCAAGUAGGCAUGCGGGCCAAAUGGAAUCGCAAGGAAUUAGACAUUGGGGGAAGAAAAGGAAUUGUAAUGGCAAUAGAUACCACUGGUAAGAAGGGUCAAAUUGGGAGAAUGAUCAGCCCAUAUUUUGAGCUACACCGCCAGGCAUCAGGAUGUUUAUCUUUGGAUCUGUUUAUUUCUGGAGAAGGCCCAAUAACAUUCCGCGUGGAAGAACAGACGGAUUCGGGAUUUCAGAAAAUAUUAACUGUUCGGAAUCAAGUGCCCCAUUGGAGGACUUAUGAUCUGGAUGUUAAUAUUCCAGAAUAUGUACGGGUAAGUAAAGUUCGUAUUUGAAGCUCAUGUAUAUCCGGCCAUGGGAAAGAACAUCGUAGCUGUGACUAAAAUUGUCUUCAAGCUGGGAAAAUGUCCUUCCUAGAUGCAUAAAUGGUUAUAAGAAAAAGUACGAAACAUGAAAGCAAACUAAUAAAAUAAUUUAAGGCA